AUGUAAUUAAGGUUCCGUAGAGAACGGUCUAAAGAACUUUGUGUCGUGUCGUUUUGUCGCGAGCAUUUAAAUAGAAAAAAAUAAAUAAAUACAAAAUCGUGUGCGUUUUUGUCCCCUUACUAUUUACUUGUUUGAUUCUUAUAUUUUGAUAUCAAAAUUGUCGUAAGCAUUUCGUCUAGAAUAAUAAUAAGCUCGUGACACUCGAUAUUCGCGUGCCUGGCUGUCUGUCUGUUUUUUUUUUUUUUGUGUAAGCGGUUCCCGGAAGAACACUAAAAAAGAAACGAAAAUAGGUAAAAAAAGUAAAAACCGCACAGUAAAGAGAGAACACACAAAAGUAAGAAAUGCUACAUUAAUUAAGGUAUAAAAUCGAAAUUGGGAGCUAACGAACAACAAAAAUGAUUUGAAAAUUAAAGUUGUACUUAAAGUCAUAAAGUGAUAAAAUAAAUAAACAUCGUUAGGAGUCAUAUUUGAUUUUCUUCAAAUCGAAACUUUUUCGUUCAAUUUAAAUUUUUCCUCUAUAAAACAAAAGAAAAAGAAGAAGGAAGAAAAAGGAAGUUUGUUCACUAUUUUGUGUCUUGGUCUUCGACUGCUCGUGCUUCGUUAUAUUUAAAGUUGGUGUUGGUGGUCGCGAGUGUCAGUGUCAGAGCAUGUAAGGAUGUUAAAAUUAAAAUAAAUGAAUUAAUUAAGUUCUUAAUUAUUGCAAACUGAUUAUAAUUUUUUUAAAAAAAGGAAAACAAUUAAACAAAAACAUACAAAUUUUAGUAACUAAAUGCAUAAAGAGCAGAAAAGAUAAAUCGUAAGGAUUGUUUGGAGUGGGGAAAAGUUUCGUUUAUACAACAGAUAAAAGAGAAGUCUUCUGUCACAGGCACAGGCCCAACAAAUUUGUAUAUUCAUCUCUCUCUAGUUUGUUUCGUCGAGUCUGUUGUGUUGUCUCGUCCUUCGUGUCUACUGGUGCUACUCACACGAACACGACUUGACUAAUAUUUCAUUCUUCGGUUCCAUCACCAACAUACAAAUCAUCAUUCAUAUAGUUGAUGAGUUGGGUGGAUUUUCUUAUACUUUCAACUAAAACAAGAAAACUUAAAAUUAAAACAAAAAUAUAAAUAAGAGGAAAAGUGUCUAUUGUGCUAAUUUUUCAUGUUUUUUUUUAGUAUUGUAUUUUCUUCUAUAAAUGUCGUGAAUCUGAAGAAUAUGUUUAUUUAAUUGCUUUGUCCUUCUACUUCUACUUCUCCAUCGUCCAUCGUCCAUCAUCAUCAUUGUCUUCGUCUUUGGUGAAGUUUUCAUUUUGAGCGCUACCGGAGUUUUUGUUUUGUAUUUAUUUUCUUACUUGUGUGUGUUUGUGUGUGGUGUAUAAAUGUUGGUAUGCUUAUUGGAAAAUAUGUAAUUUUUGUUGUUUUUACAUUUUUCAAUCAUCUACAUCCUCCUACCAUCAUUUUACUGUGUCGUGGUCGUUUCUUGUAAAAUUUUGGAUAAAAGACAAAAGAACCCAUAAACAAAACAAUAUAUUUGGAGUAAAAUGACAAUAAAAUAAAAAUACAAAACAUAAAAAAACUAUUUCUGGACGAAGCAACCCGGACAGAAAAAGAAGCUGUAAAUGAUUGUUCUUUUUAAAUCUUUGGUGCUCGCUUGCAAUCCAUUCAACUCUUCAACAAAAACAACAAAACAAAAAUAACUACUAUUCUACGAAUUUGCUCUGUUUUUUUUUCGGCCAACGCAAUUGGAAUAAAACAAGGAAAUUACACUUGCUGGAUGAAUUAUUAAAACAUCGGGAAAAAGAAUAUUAUAAAUAAUAGAUAACAACAUAAACAAACUCUUCAACGAUGAAUUUAAUAAAUUUUGUAAAUACAAACAUUAGAAAUAAAUAAGGAGUUUAUAUAGUUUAAUAUACGUAUAUACAUAAUUAUAUAUAAUAACGAACAUCAACAACACUUAAGAGAAGCAUUAAACUAUGUCUAAAGAUUAUAUUCAGAAUAUAAACAAAAUGGUAGUGAAAAGUAAUGAUAAUAUGUUAGGUGGUAGUAAAAAGCGUCCACCUCGAUCAUCUACAGCAGCGUCACCUCUACGAUCAUUAUCUUCGUCAGCAACAACCGCUUCAAAAGUGUUAGGCAUUACGGAACAGAGAUCACAAUAUUUAUUAUCUAGGACGUUUUUACGAUCACCUUUUCCACCACCACCUACCACAUCAACAACUCCACCUACAACAACAAAAGCACCAAUUAUAACAAAACUAUUUCCCUUAACUAGAGCAGCAGCUACUUUACCAUGCAUUGCUGUUAGCACAACAAUAACUAGCAAAUUAGUAUCUGAACCGCUAGUAUCACGAAUUGUGUCGUCAUCAUUACCAACGACGGCGACACAAUCAACUACUAUUAACGCUAGAUCUGCAGAGCAAAUAUCAGCUGUUACAGCAUCAAGCCUGUUAUCAGGAAGAACAAAAUUGUUACAACAGCGUUCAAGCCACCAACAGAUACAACAGCAGCAGCAAUACCAUCACCUCCACCAUCAUCACCAUACACCACAAUUUCGUUUUCGAAUCUUACCUGGACUUAAGGCCACAUCGUUUUUUACCAUUUUAACAUUAGUAUGCUUAGAAACGGUACUCUUGUCAACUGUAUCGAAUUGUGCCAAGACAUUUUACAUGCACUGGAACACGUCAAAUAGCAUAUUUCGUAUAGAUAACACAGACCAUAUUAUCGAUGUGAAUAAAGGUAAUCUUGCCUUUGAAUUCGAUCAAGUGCACAUAAUUUGUCCCGUCUAUGAGCCUGGCACAUUUGAAAACGAAACGGAAAAAUACAUAAUUUAUAAUGUAUCGAAAGUUGAAUACGAAACAUGUCGAAUAACAAAUGCUGAUCCGCGUGUCAUAGCCAUUUGUGAUAAGCCACAAAGACUUAUGUUUUUUACAAUAACGUUCCGGCCAUUCACCCCACAGCCAGGUGGUUUGGAGUUCCUUCCUGGAAAUGAUUACUAUUUCAUUUCGACAUCAUCAAAAGACGAUCUCUACCGUCGGAUAGGAGGUCGGUGUUCAACGAACAACAUGAAAGUUGUCUUUAAAGUUUGUUGUGCACCAGAAGAUAAAAAUAAUCGAACGAAUGGCAACAUGGGCGGAGGGAAUGGUAGUAGCGGUGGUGGCGGCGGCGGAGGAGGAAUUGGUAACAAUGGCGUGAACAGUGGCAAUAGCGGGAACAUUAAUAGCAAUACCGCAAUACAACAACAACAGCACAAUAAUAAUAUAAAUAUAAAUGGUGUUGGACAAUUGCCACUGCCUAAAUUGCCUGUCAUGGGUGGUGGUGCUAUUAACGGCGGCAAUGGUGGUCUGAUGAUCAACGGAAACAGUGGCACAUCUAUCAACACCAAUAUCGACCAAUACAACAACCGAAAACCAUCACAGCAACCCAACAACAUUGGUAAUGGUAACAUGGGCAUGAACGGUAUCGGCAUUGGUGGCGGUGGUGGAAUGAAUGGCAUCAAUGGACAACAUCCGACUGGCAUUCGAAUCAAUAACGUGCCGUCUUCACAGCAACAUCCAUCACAAAAGAAUGGUAUGCAUGGGGGUUUUAUUGCGCCAAUGGCAAAUAUUAAUACAAAUAGCAGUAACGUUGUGCAAAGCACAAUAAAUUGGCCCGACUGGGGUAACCAUAAUAAUCAUAAUGGGGACCAAGACGGCAGCGAUCCGGGCGCUUUAAAUAAUACAUCUAUAUCAACAAUUGGUAUUCACCCGCAUUUCUAUCCACCUCAUAAAACUUCACCACGUCCUUCUAAUAUAAAUAGCGUCGCUGUUAAUAACAGCGAUAGCAAUUAUUCACCGUCCCAUAAGCCAACUAAGAAUACAAAUGAUUACGACAAACAUCCGAAUGAAGUUGUCAAAAAUGAAGAACUCACAUACAACAGCGCAGCACCAUCUUUAUAUAAAAUUCGGCGUCGAAGGAUAGUAGAACAACAACACCAACUCCCAAACGAAUCAGGAACAACAAAACCACUAAUUGCGACGGCGAGAAGCAGCAGCGGCAAAUACAGCCUGCGUUUCAAAACGAAAACUUCAAGCAAAAGCGUUUAUCAGAAAUUUAAAUCAUUGCUGCAAAUAUUGCUAUUCACAAGCAAUCACCGUAAUCGUAUCAAUACAAUCAAUACCUUUAUGAAUUUUGUUUCUGAUUGUAAUCCUAUUAUUCUAACAACAACAGUCCUAGUUACUUUAAUAAACUUAUUUCAAUAUAAAUUCUCAUCAUCGUGGAGUGUGAUGCGGCUAUGUAAUUCAUCAUCAUCAACAUCAUCGAAAGUGCCACCACCAACGAGGACGUCGUCUAAUAAGCUCGCGCCCAAGUUUUCGUCCUUAUCUCCACCAAAAAAUAUACUCUUUUCACCUGCAGAUUGUUGCAUAAUGGAAAAAGCCCUACGGUGAACUAUAAAUUAAUUUUUUUUAUUUAAACAUUUAAUUAAAUAAUAAUAAAAAAUAUUAAGUAAAACUAAACAAAAAAAAUAACUUAAAAAGGUAAACAUUGAACAAAUGUUUUUUUUUAAUUUUAAAUUAAUUUAAUUUAACAAAAAAGAAAACAACACAUAGUUUAUAAAAGAAGAAAAAAAAUUUGAAUUUUUUUUUCAACUAAAAUUUCUUAUCAUUAAUAAUAUUAUAAAUAUUAACAUAAAAUUAAGGAACAAAAUUUAUAUAUGCAUAUAAAUCAUAUAAAUAUAUAUAUAUAUAUACUUACAUAAACGCAUAAAUAUACAUGUACAUGUAUAUAUUUAAUGUAUUUAUACAUACCUUAUGUAUGUGUUGUAUAAAGUAUGUGCGUAUACUUAAUUUGUGUGGGCUUUAAAAGAACUAUUUUAUUUUCAUUGUUUAUAGUGAAAAAUUGAUUGAUCUUUGCCAAAAGUCUAAAGGCAAAAAAAAUAUGAUAGCCAAGCAAAUGUUUAAGAUCUUAAGAGCUUGUUUGAAUUUUAUAAUGCAUUUAUUUUAUCUUCCAUUAAUUUUACUAAUGUUUUGACUAUAAUCGUUUUUAAACAUUUUUAAUGUUUUAUUUUAAUUUUAAGUGGUAUCUUCGAACGCUUGUUCCAUAACUGGUGCUGCUUUAAAGUGUUCUCACCAAUAAAACUGACUAUAUAGUAUCAUCGCCAAGGUCAUGUCCAAAACAAUAGAAACUUUUAUUAUUUUUACCACUGUAUAAAAGUCAUAUUCAUAAAUGAGAUCACGAAACUAGUCCGAAGUUCUGUAGUAAUGUUACUUAAUGCCAUACAAAUGUUAAAAAAGAGAAUUCCAUAAGAAAUUCUAACUUUAAUAAACGAAAUUAACACUAAAUUUUCGGCGAGGCUUUGGCACGAAAGGCUGAUAUAAAACAUUCCUUUGUACUUUGCAGGAAAGCUGAGAUUAACGCAUAACCUCAAAUGUACCAUUGCCAAGCCAAAUAGAAGCAUCCUGAAGUAUGGCCGGAAAUUUACAACAUAGACCAUAAUGUCUUUUAGGCGUAGAGCAGGAGUUUGCAAUCGAUUUAAACAUGUUUGUUCCACCCCAAGCUCAUAAAAACAAUUUUGAAACUCUUCUGUAGCCGUGUGCUCAGUUUUAUUUACAUAUAUAUACAAGUGAAAAGCCAAUAUACCAAUUUUUGAUGCACCAUGAGCCACAAAGGUAUUUUGUUUGUAUAUAAUGAAAACACAUAUUCUAUACAUGGCAGUGUAAACUUUAUUUUCAAUUACCAUACAUUUGUUGGCUAAAAGGAAAGACACGUAAAUCCCAGUUACUAAAAUUAAUGUCAAUCUUUAUAGAUCCUUUAGUCGUGUAUCAGUUUGUGUGUUGCACACUUCGUAACGAGCAUUUUUGUUAUACAUAUUGACUCAACUCAAACGAACUCAGCUCAUUAAGAAGAAAUUUAAUAAUUUGUUUCGCCCACGAAUAACAAAUAAUUACCAAACUUAUGUUAUAUACAUUGUUUUCCAAACGGCAAGGUUGCAAUAGUGACAUAUCCCAUCAAGUAAAGAAAGCAUUUCACCAUGUUAUUAGGUGAAUAGCAAUUUAGUCUAAAGGUCUCUCCUGCCAGUAAAUCAAUUGUUCACUAUAUAUACAAAAAUAAAAUAGUUUUUUAGUGUCCCUGAACAAAGAAUGAUAUAUUAUAAAUAUAUAUACUCCCGUUCAAUAGACAACACAUUAAUUUAAUUAAACAGUGAAUCGAAGACAGGAAAAUUACUACAUAACUAUGAUAGUCAAGUCAAAUGCAUGUGGUAACAAAUUUAAAAAUUCUGACUCAGCAUAAAAGCGCCUUUCUCUGUGUUCAGUAUGGUUGGGGGCUUUAUAAUGUUAAAUUACUUUGGUUAUACUUCUGAUACCCUCAUUUCAUUAACUCUUUGCAAAACAAUUUUUUCAUCAACUUUCAUUAAAAUUGGUCAAUAUUGUGCCACAGAAAUCAAACAAUCAUUUCUCAAAAUAAAUUGCUUUCUUCUGGUCAGGUCUUUGAAAUAUACGUCUUUAAAACUGUAAAAGAAAAACAAAAUACGGUAUUUUUAACGCUAGGGCUGAAUACAACAAAAAAGUGAUAAUUUUGCACAAUACAAACCUUAAUCUUUCAGAUACAGAUACAUUUUGAUAUCUCAGUUAGUUUUUGGAAAUUCUCAUAAGUUCUUCAAAAUUCAUCAUUUGACUCUAUAUGAAGUUUUGAAAAAUGUUGAAAAAUACGUUUAGCAUUUUGUUGGUGCUAAUUCUGAAUCCGAACUGUGAUUUUUGCUAUAUGCUCUGCUGAUUUAAAAAUGAUGGUCUUCAACAUAAGUUUUUUAAAUUUAUAAUGUAUUUCAAAAACUUGAUGUAAUUACUUGUUUAUUUGACAAUUCUCUGUUCUGUAAAAAAAAAACAUUCAUAUAUCAGCCCUAGUGAGAUUGUCCGUUCGGAGGAGACAAUUAUUAAAAACACAUGCUUCGUUGGAUGUUCAUUUGCAUGCGAUCUGUUACUGCACACUUGACGUUCUUUUUGAUGCGUGCUUGUUUUCAUGUUAGCGAUUUCUCUUAAACACACAAAUUUACACACACAAAAUGUUUCUUAGUUUUUAAGAAAGUGUUGGAAAACCAAAUUUUUAAAAGUUUUAACUUGUUUCGCAAAGAAAUUGUGUCAAAAGUUACUCAAAAAAUGUGCACGAAAUUUGUUUUUAAAUCUUCCGAAUCGGAGAAUUCUCAGAUUUGAACAGACAACUCGAGAAGGCCGUUUAUAAAAAAUGGAUGCAUUCUAACAUGAAUGGUGUGAAUGGUCGAAUGGUCAUAUUUCUUUCAGUUGCAAAAAAUCCUAUUUCAACUCGCAUGCCGACCUGAGAUUAAAAUGUGUAUUUUCGAAUAUCAGACAAUUACAUUUUCGAUCGUUUUAUCUCUACGAGCGUUGUUACGACCUGACGUAUAGAUGGCGCUUGUUGUUUGAAAGAAUGACUAUGGUAGAGAGUACCAACUUUAUAAAGCUUGAAGCAUAACAACGUUACGUUUCAGUAUUUAUUUGGGCUAGAGGUGUGUCAACCGUUCAUUUUAAAAGAUUCAAUCGUUCAUAUGUCGUUCAGUUCAAUGAUUCGUUCUUUUCAAUCGUUCAUUUUUUCAAUCAUUUUGGUAUCUGUUUCAUUUGGAUGCGAAUAAAAUGGACAAAUUUCAUUCUAUUCCAAUCGUUCACUUUUUUAAUCAUUUAGGUUUCUGUUUCAUUUUGGUUUUUAAUGGAAAAUAAGCGAGUGGAACCUUAUGGAACUUUUUGCAGUAGAGUAGGUAAGGUUAAGGUACUUCAUUUUCAUUCAGUUUCGGUCUUUUAAACAAUUAGUAUUGAAAUAAUUGAUUGAUUGUUUCAAAGCUAUGUCUAAUUCCCAUUUUAUAUCAUUUCAUUUGAAUGAGAAUAAGUUGGAUGAACGAAACAUAUUUCUUUUCCUUUAAAACGAAAGACAGCAUGAUGAAACGAUUGACAUUAAGAACGAUUGAUUUGGUUUAAUACAAUUGCAAUCACUCAAUCUUUUUGAUGAACGGGUCAUAAAGACCGAAUCAAUCACGAUUGACACAGGUCUAAUUUGGGCAGCCAUCAGUAGUGAACGCUCUCAGUAAAUUUUUCAACAUGUCCUCAGUCCAACUAAUACAAAGCAGAGCUAGAUUCUACUCAAACUCAUUAAAAGUGCUCGUGAAAAGUCACGACUGUUUUGGUUUUAGGGAUAGGUUAUUUUAUCUGUACAUUGUUCCGAUGAGCGUUGGGUGGUUGAAAACUGAAAUUGGCAAGUUUAAGAAAAUUGCAUUCGUAUUGAAUAUAUUUUUUCAAAAGUUUGUUAGCAGGUAGAGAGAUACAUGUAUGAACAAACAUAAUCAAGAAAUUAUCAUCAAUAUCAAAGACAAAUGUAUUUACAUACCUAACUUUUAUAUAAAAGUCUUCAGAAAUUCUGCGAUUAUGGUGUUAAGGAUAUAAGUGUUCAACAAAAAGCUUCUAUCCUUUUUUUGUAUAUUGUAAUUUCAAAAAUUUAAUACUUAAGCUCCCAAAUUUAUUACCGUUUGGGUCUUGCCUACUUAAUUUGUAUUUGUCUCAACUUCGUUCAUUUCAACUAAAUAUUAUGCAAUUAUUUGUUACCUAAUCAUAAAACAUUGCUAACAAAAAUUGUAUUCAUAUUUAUUUUAAGAAACCCAAAACCCAUAAAUCUAGAAUACAUAUUUUAUUACAUGAAUCCUUUAUAUCAGAUCAUCCUGAUCUUGGUUGUUUUGCCCAUGAUCGCUGUGCUCGCUUUUUUGUGUGUUGUACACAAUUCAUCAUACUCGAUACUGAAAACUCGUAAGGGUAUUGGUUGUGUUUAGACUGUUUUUGGUCAAACCCGCUUUUUUCGAGCGAGUACUCGAUAUUCAUGAAAAUAACUCGACUCGUUUUAAUCUCUGAACCAGACCACAAUUGUACAUUAAUUUAAAAGAGCGAUGUGCUUUAAAUGAUAACUCCUAAUUAUUACCAAUUAAAAUAAGAAAUGGGUGUAAUUUCCAUAUGAAAUGAUGUUAUUAAUUCGUUAUCUUACUUUUUUUUAUAAAGUUUUCAAAAAAAGAAAUUUAUUUAUUAAAGAAUACAUCGGGAGAUUUGUCAGCUUUGUGAAAAAUUAAAAAUCAUAUUUCAUGAAACACUGUUUUUUGUUGUCUUUAUUUAAAUGAACCGGAAUGUAUACAUUACACUGAUUUAAAAAAACCUAAAAUGUCUUUCAUUUUCGAUUCAACUAGAUUUUUUGUUUAUACUUGGUGAAUUAAUAAUUUGCUCAAAUUUCAGAUUCAAAAUACUUUUUACUUUACUUUACAAAUUUUAAAAGAGCCCUUUUUUUGUUUCAUGGUUCAUAACUUAAAACUUUUUUUUAUUUAAAAUAUAACCUUGGUCUUUUUUUAAGAGAAUUUAAAUGAUAUUUUAAAAGAGUGCAGUUCUAAUUAUUGAUUUAAGUUAUUAAGGUUUUAGCGAUUUCCACUGUUUUUUUUUGUUUGUUUAGAUCACCUGUUGAAAUUAGCAGAUAACACUUGCUUAUGGAAGCAAUACAAUAUUAAAAUAAGACAUUAUAGUUUUUUUGAAUCAGUCAUACAUACAUACACACAUAUAUAUAAUCAUAUAUACAUAUAUAUUUAAAUUUAAAAAAAAAUACAAAUAUGUAUAUGAAAAAUUCAUUUAAGUUGAAACAGAUGCUGAAAAAGAAUUCUAAGCGAGUGCACAGUGCGGUUCUUUUAGCUUUCAGACGCACGUUAAACAAAAUUAAAACCUACUAUACCUAUUAUAUUUGUAUUUUUUCAAAUAUUAACAUAUGUAAUUGACGAUCAUGAAGAGCAAUAAGGUCAAAGUAAUUCCUAUAAAGAAAAAAUUUCAUUUAAGAAGAGUUUUGUUAAAAUUGCAACAAAAAAAUUUUAAAAUUGCGAGUCACAAAUUAAUUUUCGAAUACUUGGGAUUAAUUUGUUAUUUCAUAUACUAUGCAUAGGUAUAUACUUUUAAAAAAUUCACAUCUUUCCACAUUUUGUAUUAUGUUUUGAAAUAUCAGUACAAGAAAAUACUUGGUAUGUAGUAGUAACAUGUGAUAUAAACACCAGAUUCGUUACCCACAUUAAUAAUUCACGAAAUGUUUAAAUGUAUUUGUUUGUAUAUUUCGGGGUAUUUGAUGUUAAAGUUAUAUAAUUUUUAUUAUUUUCUUAUAUUUUGUAUUCUGUUUUAUGUACAUUUUGUUUGUUCUUAAGUUCUCCAUUUUCUGGACUGGCUUAUUUAAGUUUUUGAUUUUUGAUAAGUUAACAAAAUAUCACUACCCAAAAGAAGAUGGAGCCUUAAAUGUUUUAAUAUCGUACAAAAAACUGAGCUGUAAAUAAUUGCUACAUGUUUAGCUCCGAAUAAAAUAAGCGAAUAGAUAGAAUUAAAGAUAAGCAUUAUAAACUUCAUACGAAAACAAAAUAGUGUCUAGAUUUAACUUUUCAAGAAAUUGUCGAAUACCCAUAUCGGCAGAAGUUCAAACCUGAAGCUUACAGGAAAAAUCUUCUUGAAACAAGUAUCAGAUAUAAUUUUUGGUGCAUUAAUUGUUUUGCCUUUUUUUCUUAUUGUGAAAACAACCCCUGCUCUUAUAUCAAUACAAAAAGUACAAACCUUAAAAGGAUUUAAAUUUUGACUUCUACAUUUUGAGACUUGGGAAUUAACGGCUCUAGAGAAUUUGAAUUUUCUAUAAUAUGGAAAGUUAUCAAUUUCCACAAAAACAGGAUCAUUUACUCGUAUCUCCUUAUCUUCGUCCAAAAAGAAUUUCAUUGAUUUCUAAAUAAUUUUCUGUCCACGUCUCUCUUUCUCAAGAAAUUUAAAACAAACAUUUGUAAGGCGCACAUUCACAAAGCAAUUAUUUUAUAUUGGAAUACUUUUUGUUUCAAUUAAAACAACAAAACAUUUUGGAAUUCUGUAAGGCGCACAUUCACAAAACAAUUUUUUUACAUUGAAAUAAUUUUUGCAAUUUCAUUCAAGCGUUGACUUGUAUUUCGAAAAUAAGGAUUGUGAGCGAACUUUUGCUGUGUGGCUUUCGGUUCAUAAUGAUUGUUUCUGUAUUAUCUUAAAAUUUGUUGAAUCGUGGGUACCGAGCUAAAUAUUUUGCCUUACUAUUCUACUGUUCAUUUUAAUUCAAAAUUAGACUCGAGCUAAUUUAUAAAAUUUAAUUAAUAAAUAAAUUUCUAAACAGCUUUCAUAAACUUCAAAUAAACUCUAGCUGAGUCUGCAUCAUUGAAGUGUGAGGUAUUUUAAUCAUCUCUUAAAACGAAACAGAUUAAAUUAAAAACAAAUUUAAGUUAUAUGCAUAUGUAUGUGUCUUGAUUUUUGAAGCUGUGCUUCAUUUGUGUAUUGUUACUAUUUUAAACAAUAACUUAACCGUGCGAAUUAUGAUUGUGGAAUUCAAUUGAGUAUUCUGUAAUUUACAUUAUUAUUUAGCUUUUAACGAAUCAACUUUGAUUUUCGAAUUGGCAAUUCAAUGACAUUUCAAUAACGAAUAUUAAAUAGUGGAAUCAAGUAAAAAAGAAGGAAAUUUUAUAAAACGAUUAGUUUCGCAUUCCAUACUUAGACCACAUGCUUCGUGAUAUAAUAUAAGAUUUCUGUUUAUUCAAUUCUUUAAAGGACACAACCAAUUAAUAGUUUUAGAUUAAAACAACCCUUAAAAGUGCAUCCAACUAACAAUGAACCGCACUGAAAUGAAAUUAAAUAAAAUCGAUAUAUAUACACAAAACUUGUAAAAAAUAAAAAUAAAACAAACUCACAUGAUCAACCUAUGAUUUUAGCACGUUACCUUGUGUCCCAUGCGUCUGUGUAAAAUAGAUAAAUAUAAAAUUAAAAUUAUGAUAAAAAAUAUGUAAAUUAAGCAAAAAUAAAAAUAAAACAAAAAAACUUACGAAAACUAAAAAAACACUACUAUUUCGAUUGAGGAAACAAAAAAAGUUAUUUUUUAAUUGUUUUAAAUUAUCUUAAGGUCUAGGAAAAACCCGUUUUUUGACUGAAACUAGAAAGUGAUUGAUAUAAAAAAUAUCUAUAUAUAAAUAAAUUUAAUAAUAAGAUACUAAAAAACUAAAGCGAUAAAAAAGAUGUACUUUAUUGCAAUGAGGAGAACAUGAUUCUUUUUAAUAAACAAAUGAAAGAAAGAAAUAAAAAAAAACACAAACAUGAGUAACGGAUAAAUCAACUUAAAUUUAUAUUAAUAUAUAUGUACCAUGUGUUAUACAUAUAUAUAUAAACGUUUAUAAACUGAACGUAAAAAAGUGUUGAAACAGAACAAAAAGAAAAAAUUGUUGUGUCGUGAUCGAAGUUAAACUAAUUUACUUUUUAAGAACAAA